GUACUGCAAGGUACAAAAGUGUUCCAUUUUACGUGAAUACGGCUGUAAUUUGACGUAUCCUAAUCAACCUAUACUCGUAUUUAUACGAAUAUAUUCGUUUUGACUGCUUUAUAGUACAGUUUUUCAGAUGGCAGAACAGUCAGUUGCAGAGGUCAAACACUGCCAUUUUAUCAGCAACGCCUCAGACCUGGAAGAGAGUUUAAACAACCCAAUAUUAACUUCGUCAAAUGACCUUUCGUUAUCCAACUCACUCAGUGCUUCUAUAUCCCAACGUUUGGUCCAAUAUCGCCAACACCGCAAAUCAAAACGAUCCAUGUCACUGCUAAAGUGCAAACAACGGACUACGGAGCAUAUUAAUCAAUUCAUUCGUAUCCAGGUGCACUUUAGCAAUGGCAAAAUGAUUCCUUUGGUCGUAGACCGUACUCAAACAAUCGAAUAUAUUGCUCGACAAGUCGAGGCAGAGUAUGCUGUUCGAUACCUAAUGGAUGAAAAGCAUCAUUUACUUUUUGAUACGGAUUUGCUUGGAUGUAUUGCUGACAGCAAGGGCCAAGCCAGACUUAUUCAAAUAACGCAGCUUUAUGAUUCUGGCAAUCUAGGUCUUAAAUUCACUGCCAAGGUUGGCGAUGUUCUUGCAUUCAAUGAUUCUGUAACUGCUGUAACUUCCGAAGAAGUUGCGUAUGGACAGGAUGAGGAAAGUGACGAAGAUGCCAAUAAAGCAGUACAGUUGACACAUGAGGAAGAGGCCAUCUUCAACAAAAGUGGGAUUGUUGCCGAUUCGGUUUUUGCUCUUAUUGACAUCAAAUACACCCAAACCAAACCAGAGACUACUACAGAGAUGAGCCCAGGCUCUUUGACACGCAGCAAUACUAUUCGAUCGUCAACAAUGGAUGACCGCCUGCAUUCCGUAUUGCAUAAUAUUGUAUCUAUGCAAUUUUUUAACGAGUUUUGUCUACAAGAGUACUCGAUCGAGAACUCUUUAUUUUGGAUCGAAGCCGAAAUUUAUAAAACAAUUCAGGAUCCUGCUAUUCGACGUACGUUUGCACAGUAUCUUUAUCUCACAUACAUUUCUCCAGAAAUUGCUCCUCUGAAUCUCAAUAUUUCUGCCGAUGUUCGCAAGGAUAUUCCGUGGCCCCCUCCAGAGUGCCCAGAGAUCACCAUGUUUGAUGAGGUUCAAGAUCACGCUUACACUAUGAUCAAAGGUCACGCCUAUGCUCGAUACGAAAAGGCUCCCAUGUUUGAAAAGUUUUUAGAAUUUAAGCUUAGCGACCGCUACACGUAUAUUCAAAGUCGUGUACUUUGGAGUUAUGAUACCAUGUUUUCAGAUGAUCAAAAAUUUGAUCAGAUUGCUGAAAUCGUCAAUAUACUGAGUGAUCCUACAUCUGAUAAAGCUCAAAUGGCGCUUGAUACAUUUGGAAACGGAAAGUUUCCGUCUAUUUCGUCCAUGUUUUUUCGACAAAGUGUACUUGGCGGAAUUAUUGGUCGAUACUUUCCACUAGUUAGUUCAAUCAUUCGUGGGUAUUUCAACACCACCAAUCGUAAUGCAUGGGCAGAUCGCCAAAAGCGCAAACAAAAGGAAAAGAAGCUAACAAAGUUUUUUGGUCAACGACCAACCGACGAGCAUAUGCUUCAGCAAACUGUUCAAACCGAUUCUUUUGGUCACCAUAGUUGCACUACUGAUGCUAUGCACAAUAGCCAUCGACAUGUCAAGAGUCGGAAAUUAUCAAUGGGUUCAACUACAAAUGGUACUGCAAGCGAUGAUGGGAUUUCAAAAAUUACAUGUACAAUCGAUCCAGAAAACCACCAAGUCGAUCUUACAAAACGCAAAAAGGCUGAAAAGCUAACAGAGUUUUUUGGUGAGUCAAGACUUCCCAAACGCCAUAUGAAAAGGCAAAUUCAAAUCAACACUCUUGCUGGAGAGGAAGGUGAUGAGAGCGGUAAUGACUCUGAUGAUGAAGAAAACGACAAUACAAAUUAUCCUGUAUCGGAAGAACAUCAGCCUCCACUAAGCAAUCAAAACGAGCUUACUCGAGCUGAAAAACGAGCACUGAAUCGUCGUGCACGAAAACUGCGCACUAUGUUGGGUGAGGUAUUGGAUGCUCAGACAGUUUCUGAACAGGUCACAACUCCAUUAGUAGCUAGUAAGGGUAAAACUAUUGAUUUACUCGACUUUGUUGGAAGUACACCUUCUGAUACAGUCCAACCUGUCGACAACUUUGAAGUCCAUCUUAAUUUGGACGCUUUGGAUUUGAAUUCGUGUUUAAUUGAUUUUGAACUAUACAAGUUUGAAGAGAAUUCUAGCGUGCUUGAUAUGGAUGUAACUUCUAGUACUGAGACAGUUGAUUCUGCAAGAAUGGUCAAUAAACUUCGCUAUGACAAGCUUUCACAAGUUUUGGGUCAUCGCAUCAACGAAACUGAUGUGAUAGAGGCACAAUCUUCUGCACCUCGAUCCCCACCUCAAGCUCGGCCUUUGACUUUGGCAGAAAAAAAGCAAUUUAAAAAGACUUCUGAUAAAUUGGAAAGACUGUUGGGUGCUACUGUUCCUGCUCAGGCAAUUUUAUCUUACCCAUCUGUCGCAGACGACACGCAAUAUAUUGCCAAGACAACCGUCGAUGAUCAUCAGGUAUCAAACUCGCACUCGGUGAGCGAGUGUUCAGACGUACAUAGUGAGCCUGGUAUUAGGUCAAGCCAACAAAAUAGUGCUUUACCAUGUGUUAAACCCUUUGACGAUACGUUUCCCAGUCGAUCGGGUAGUCUGUAUCGAGCAGUCAGUAGCGACGCAAGAUUAUUUCAUAUCAAUCCGACUGAAACCAGUCCAGAGACAGCAGAUCCUGCAACAUCUAUUAUCUCUGGAACGUCUGCAGACUUUUUAGAAGACGACCAGAGCAAACGUUCAAAAUUGAUACGACUCAACAAACUUCGCAAAAUGCUAGGAACUGAUGUCAAGGUUGACAAAGUGAUGGAAAAACAGUUUUUGGAUCUUUUGGAUACAUCUCUUGGAUCGACGCUUGACGCAACUGAUAUAGAAAAGGUCACUCCGGAAGAGUCACGCAGGUUUAAAAGUUUACUUCAAUAUAGAAUAGGAGAUGGCGGUCAAGGACAAGACGGAAACUUUCUUUCAAUGCCACGCUCUAGAAGGCUCUCGUUUAGCAGUAGUGCCUUGGCAAAUAUGAACUCGACGAAUGUUUCGCUCCCAGAGUUCCAUUCUGGCGACAACAUUUCCAGUAAAUCAAAAUCACAGCGGACUUCGAGUCUACGUAGAUAAUGAUUUACUGCUCAUUGUUACUUUUAAACAUUAGUCUUGAACUACUAUAGCCUCGAAGAAUAUUCAAUCGUUGGGUUUGGCAGUUUGACUUUUUAAUAUGCAGAUGUCCACUAUCAAGUUCCUAAUAUUAUAAAAAUGAAUGAUUUAUUUGAAUUGAGUAGAGCUGGCUGGUAUAUCUGAAUGGAACGAGUCUAAAGUGGAUUGUUGACCUGAACCAGCUAAAAGGCGAAUUAGCUCUAGUUUAGCUUUUAUCGGGCUCUAGUAAUAUAAUAACCGUGUUAGCUGGUAGUUUCAUCAGUCUUUUCAAUCUGAUACUGCUGAGCCAUGCAAUCAUUAAACAUGCGCGAGCUUAAAAGUAACAGGACAUGGAACACAUAAAUUACCUGAUACGAGUCCAGACAAUGAAGCGUACACCAACUGUUUUCGUGCAGGGAAUCGUAAAUAUGCUGAGUUUGACUAUGUGAUGGCUUGAAACAUUUGUGCAGCGUACUGACAGAAGAUUCAGCUAUGGGUAAUAUGGUUUGAUCCUUACUGAGAUCAUUGCUAUCGAGAGUUAAAUCUAUGCACGGAUGUAAACAAUGCUGAACACUACUUUCCGUAUUGGCUUUUUGAAUAUGCCGAAUGUAGCGAAAUGGACCAGUUGUAUAUGUUUUUUUUGAAGCAAUAAGAGAAUGUUGUAUGGUUUUGGUAGCAGAACAAUGUCUAGUAUCUGAUGCUGAUCCCAAUAUAGUAGGUAACGAGGUAUUACUAGGAUGGCGAUCUUUGGAUUUGUUGAUAUUCUCUUGUGGACUGAUUGAGGAGAAUAAAUGCAUUUAGAAUCCAAUU